UAUAUAGCCGCUUAAUUUUGUUUUAAAAAAUUUACUAUUAUUAUAAUAUUGAUCUAAUCUUUAAUAAGUAACAAGCGUAUUAAAUCAUUUUUUUAUUAAUAUAUAAAUAUAUAUAUAUACAAAUAAACCACUCUUAUCUUUUAUAUAAAACGUGUAUUUAUCACAUUUAAAAAACAUUGUAAACUUUAUUAGCAUGCCGCUUCCUCUGCUAACCGCCGUGUGGCGCUAACGAGUCGCUGAGCUGUCAAUCACCUUCACGCCGUGGCGUUAAGCUCCGCCUUCGAUCCAACACCUCAGCCCGCCCCCCCGCCAGAGGAGCCCGGCUCCGCUCCGCCCUCCUGGAGGAGCUCAGGGGGAUCCACCGGAAGAUGGAGGCCAAGAGGAUCGCUCGCCUCGUCAUGGCCGAGGUCAGGGCCUUCCUCGACGAAGAGGAGGAGGAGAAGGAGAAGGCCUGGGCGCUGAAGAGGGAGGCGCUGGAGGCCGAGCAGGAGCAGCUGAGGGAGGAGAGGAGGCGGGACGCGGAGAUGAAGGAGAAGGCUGAGAACGAAAGGAUGGAGAAGGCUGAGAAAGAGAAAGUUGAGAAGGAAAGGAUGGAGGAGGCAGAGAAAGAGAAGGAGAAAGCAGAGAAGGAAAGGAUGGAGAAGGCUGAGAAAGAGAAUGAGAAAGCUGAGAAGGAAAGGAUGGAGGAGGCAGAGAAGAAGGUUCAGAAGGAAAGGAUGGAGAAGGCUGAGAAGGAAAAGGUUGAGAGGGAAAGGAUGGAGAAAGUUGAGAAGGAAAGGAUGGAAAAGGAGAAGGCUGAGAAGGAAAUGAUGGAGAAGGAAAGGAAGGAGAAGGCUGAGAAGGAAAGGAUGGUGAAGGCUGAGAAGGAAAGGAUGGAGAAGGCUGAGAAGGAAAGGAUGGAGAAGGAGAAGGCUGAGAAGGAAAGGAAGGAAAAGGCUGAGAAGGAAAGGAUGGAGAAGGCUGAGAAGGAAAGGAUUGAGAAGGCUGAGAAGGAAAGGAUGGAGAAGGCUGAGAAGGAAAGGAUGGAGAAGGCUGAGACGGAAAGGAUGGAGAAGGCUGAGAAGGAAAGGGUGGAGAAGGAGAAGGCUGAGGAGGAGAAAGAGAGAUUAGCCAAAGAACGAGAAAAGGAGAGGAGGGAGAAAGAACAGUUAGAAAAACAAAAAAUAGAGAGGGAACGCAUCGCCAAAGAAAGUGCUGAAAAAGAAAGAAUAGAACGAGAACGCAUCGCCAAAGUAAGGGCUGAAAAAGAAAGAAUAGAACGAGAACGCAUCGCCAAAGAAAAGGCUGAAAAAGAAAGAAUAGAACAAGAACGCAUCGCCAAAGAAAAGGCUGAAAAAGAAAGAAUAGAACGAGAACACAUCGCCAAAGUAAGGGCUGAAAAAGAAAGAAUAGAACGAGAACGCAUCGCCAAAGAAAAGGCUGAAAAAGAAAGAAUAGAACGAGAACGCAUCGCCAAAGAAAAGGCUGAAAAAGAAAGAAUAGAACGAGAACGCAUCGCCAAAGAAAAGGCUGAAAAAGAAAGAAUAGAACGAGAACGCAUCGCCAAAGAAAAGGAUGAAAAAGAAAGAAUAGAACGAGAACGCAUCGCCAAAGAAAAGGCUGAAAAAGAAAGAAAAGAACGAGAACGCAUUGCUAAAGUAAGGGCUGAAAAAGAAAGAAUAGAACGAGAACGCAUCGCCAAAGAAAAGGCUGAAAAAGAAAGAAUAGAACGAGAACGCAUUGCCAAAGAAAAGGCUAAAAAAGAAAGAAUAGAACGAGAAUGCAUUGCCAAAGAAAAGGCUAAAAAAGAAAGAAUAGAACGAGAACGCAUCGCCAAAGAAAGGGCUGAAAAAGAAAGAAUAGAACGAGAACGCAUCGCCAAAGAAAAGGCUGAAAAAGAAAGAAUAGAACGAGAACGCAUUGCCAAAGAAAGGGCUGAAAAAGAAAGAAUAGAACGAGAACGCAUUGCCAAAGAAAGGGCUGAAAAAGAAAGAAUAGAACGAGAACGCAUCGCCAAAGAACGAGAGAGAAUUGCCAGGGAGAAGGUGAGGAUGGAGCGAGAGAGGGCUGAAAAGGAGAGGCAAGAGAAAGAACGACUGGUCAAGGAAAGAGCUGAGAAAGAAAGGAUGGAGAGGGAACACAUCACCAGGGAAAGAGCGAGAAUCGCUCAGGAGAAGGAGAGAUUGGAGAAGGCGAGAAUGGAGAGGGAACGACUGGCGAAGGAGAGAGAGAGAGUCGAACAGGUGAGGAUGGAGAGGGAGAGGGUGGAGAGGCAGCGCCUCGCCAGAGAGAAAGACAAGAUGGAGGUGGAGAGGAAGCCCGGCGCCUCCCAAAGCAACCGGACGAGCCCGGCGGCCGUCAGGAAGGAGAAGGCCGCGGUGCAGGAAAAGAUGGCCGCCGGCGGGAAGAAAUGAGCCUCUGGAUCACAGGAGCUGGAACACUGAACCACCGGAGGACGAUUCAUCACCAGCUGCUCUGGCUUCCAUCACGGCCGGCAGACAUUGGGAAAGAAACUCUAAAUAAUAAAAGUCUAGGUUGGCAAUUUACAUCUUGUUAAACCUGUUUUAUUUUUUGGUUUUGUGUCCCAAAGGUUGGACUUAUUUUUGCAUAUAUUUUAGUAUUUUUUGUGUCGUCCUUUACAGAACAAAACUAAACUAGAACGGGCACUCGGUAGAGCGCAUACCUUCGCCGCAGCCACUUUUUUGGUCUGUGGCAUGAGAGUGUGGGGAGCUUGAUGUCAUGUGCACAUUUUUGUAACAAUUGGAUAAAAAUGGACUGCGCUAUGGUAAAAAGAAGAUGUUGAACUUUUCAUGACCUUUGACCCGAUCGAUCCCAAAAUCGAAUCAAAUGGUCCCCGGAUAAUAACCAAUCAUCCCACCAAAUUUCAUGCGAUUCGGUUUAAUACUUUUUGAGUUAUGCGAAUAACACGCACGCACACACACAUACAAAACAUACAAAUAAAUACACAGCGAUCAAAACAUAACCUUCCGCAGAAUGCGAAGGUAAUUGACAUAGUCGUCAAUACAUUGGGGUUUUUUUAAGGACAGGUGUAGUUUGUGUACCCGGUGAUUCAAAAUGAUCUUAAAAGCUUUUGUUGGUUGCAUUUAGUUUAAUUCUUAUAUGAUUCUUGGUCAUCUCAUUUGCUAGCCUGCUAGCGACUCACCAUAGAGGUCAAUGGAGUCAAGUUGGCUCCAGCUAGCUUGACUUCAGCUUAUUUAGCGGUAACAUCCGUGGCUGACAAGUGAAGUCUAUGCUUCAUGUGUUAAAGCUGCAUUCUUUCUCCUGACCACCAGGGGGCGACUCCUCUGGUUGUAUAGAGGUCUAUGCCUCCUGUGUUGAAGCUGCAUUCUCUCUGCUAACCACCAGGAGGUGACUCCUCUGGUUGUAUAGAAGUCAAUGCUUCAUGUGUUGAAGCUGCAUUCUCGCUCCUGACCACCAGGGGGCUCCUCUGGUUGUAUAGAAGUAUAUGCUUCAUGUGUUAGAGCUGCAUUAUCUCUCCUGACCACCAGGAGGUGACUCCUCUGGUUGUAUAGAAGUCUAUGCUUCCUGUGUUAAAGCUGCAUUCUCUCUCCUGACCACCAGGGGGCGACUCCUCUGGUUGUAUAGAAGGCUAUGCUUCGUGUUAGAGCUGCAUUAUCUCUCCUAACCACCAGGAGGCAACUCCUCUGGUUGUAUAGAAGUCUAUGCUUCAUGUGUUGAAGCUGCAUUCUCGCUCCUGACCACCAGGGGGCUCCUCUGGUUGUAUAGAAGUAUAUGCUUCAUGUGUUAAAGCUGCAUUCUCUCUCCUGACCACCAGGGGGCGACUCCUCUGGUUGUAUAGAAGUCUAUGCUUCAUGUGUUAGAGCUGCAUUAUCUCUCCUGGCCACCAGGAGGUGACUCCUCUGGUUGUAUAGAAGUCUAUGCUUCCUGUGUUAAAGCUGCAUUCUCGCUCUUGACCACCAGGAGGCGACUCAUCUGGUUGUAUAGAAGUAUAUGCUUCAUGUGUUAAAGCUGCAUUCUCUCUCCUGACCACCAGGGGGCGACUCCUCUGGUUGUAUAGAAGUCUAUGCUUCAUGUGUUAGAGCUGCAUUCUCUCUCCUGACCACCAGGGCCCCUCUGGUUGUAUAGAAACCAUAAAGCAGGGGAUGCUUUGGGGGGGAGCUACAAGGUGAUUGACGGGUCUCUACCAGAGAUGUAGAUGGUGUUUCUACGUCACUCCCCUCCGUCCUCUUACGGUCACUUCCUGUUCACUGGUUGCAAAAAGUCAAGAUGGCGACGGCCAAAAUGCUGAAAUCGAGGCUUCAAAACACUUGACUCCGCCCACUUCUUAUAUUCAGUCUUUCAGUCGUUGCUGGAUAGCGAGACAUGGGGGUUGAUAUCUGUUGAUCAGACAAAGCUAUUACACAAGGUUAUUACUCUAUGUUAUUAUACCCCUCUGACCUUUGACCCCUCUGACCCGGUGCGGUCUGGUUUCAUUAGGUUACUGAGGUCAGAGGUCGGUGAUGUAGAGAGGAGUAAGAACUCGUACACCAUCAAUUCAUUCACAUGUUUUAUUUUUCUUCAACGUGUGAAUUCUUUGACUGAAUGUUGUUUGAUGAAAUGUGACGCUGACUGAAGCUCUUUUUAAAGUGAUGAACAGCACCUCCUCUUCCUCCUCUUCACCUCCCUCCUCCACAGCUUCCUCUCCUCGUUUCCUUGGUCCCUAUCAUGUCUCUCUGCUUCCGCCUCACUAAAUAAAUCAACUCGUGUCUUCUUGA